GAUUGGCUGACCAAGUUGUUGUCCUCGAGUCCGACUUCGAAGAUUGUGGACAGUGCGUGCAAGGAGAGAAAAAUGGCUAAAAUCUAAAGGUGUCUCAAGUGACAGAUUGUGGAAAUGCACAGCAAUGACUUUUGACGAACACAGGGGAGUUGCCCGUCAUGGCGGCGCUGGAAUGCCAUCGGGAUUCGCCCUCAGUCACGCUUGGGAGGAUACAUUUCACAGCUGAGCCCAUGGAGACGUGGAAACGUCAUAUCAUCAACCAACUUAAACAUCGAGACAAGGCACAGAAGAAAAACUUUCAGGAUGUCAUACGGUCGUAUAUCAAUCUUCUGGAGCGGACCAAACAGAGAGCUCUCAUCCUUGGCUCUCUGGCAAGGCCUCUCCCCGUAACCUACACUCAAGACUACCAGUCCCCAACAGGGACUGGUCAAACCUCCCAUCACGAAAACCUGGUUAAGGAUCUGGAGAAGACCACAGGGGAGCUGGCAUACCAGGUGCUGCAGCUUCAGCAGAAGAUAACAAUCAAAGAUGCCAUACUCGAAGAGCAGCAUGCCAGGAUGUGUGAGGUGCAGAACCGUCUGGCUCAGGUGGAGUCGGACCAGGGGGAGUUGCGAGCCAACGUGACCCAAAUCAGGGAGCGGAACCGGGCCCUGAAGCGGGAGUAUGAUGCCCUGCUGGAGAAGCGGAGCGACAGAGAGAAGGCUUACCGGCAGGCCAGGGAGCAGGGACAGGAGAUGGUGGAGGACAUGAUCAAGAACAAGCAGAUGGCCGCCAUGAAGAUGAACAACCGCAACGAGAGGAGAGUCAGGGCCAGAGAGGCCAACCUUCACAAGGAGCUGGAAAUGGCUGCCAAGAAAACUCUGGACAUCGAUGAUGGUCCCACAAACGUGUCCCAGUUGAAAAUCAACACCUCCACAAACAUUGAUACAGUGGAGAAAUACCAUACACGCGUCUUCAGGUCGGCGUCUGCCACCUCUCCCAGAAUCCUCAGCUCCAUCCGAGAGCUCUUUGAUAGGAGAAAGAGGCGAGGGAACUCCGUGUGCUGUCUAGAGGAGGACAUGCACUCUCCAGUGGGCGUCUGCCUGGCCGCCAGAGUCCCUGCGGUUGCAAAGCACGUGCUGGAUGCCCAUGAGUUGGGUAUCAACGCGGUUCGCUUCAGCGCCUGCACCAACCUGCUGGCCACUGGUGGCACAGAUCGGGUCAUCAAGCUGUGGGACAUCACGGCAGGCAUGCUGCACCACAGGGGAACACUAGAUGGCAGCAACGAGGGCAUCACAAGCAUCGAGUUUGACCCAACGGGCACCAGGAUUCUGGCUGCAUCAUACGACAAAUCGGCCCUCUUUUGGAAGCUGGAUGAUUGCGUUCCCAAGUUCACUCUGACAGGCCACUCACGUAAGGUGACCGCAGCAAAGUUCAGGUGCAGCCAACGGCAAGUGGUGACGGGCAGUGCUGACCGCACCGUGAAGGUGUGGGACCUGCAGCGAGCAGCAUGCAUCCAGACCAUUGAGGUACUGUCCUACUGCAGUGAUGUGGUCUGCUCGGAGUACUUCAUCAUCAGUGGGCACUAUGACAACAAGGUCCGCUUCUGGGACAGCAGGGCUGGGAGCUGUACUCAGGAGUUGCCCCUGCAGGGGAGGGUGACUUCUCUGGAUCUGUGCCCAGACCACCGCCAGCUCCUCAGCUGCUCCAGGGACGAGAUUCUGCAGGUGGUGGACCUCCGGAUGAGUAACGCACGCAUCUCCUUCAGGGCGGAAGGCUUCAAAUGUGGAUGUGACAGCACAAAGGCUAUCUUCAGCCCUGACGGCAGCUAUCUGGCUGCAGGCUCUGCCGACGGAGCCGUCUACAUCUGGAACGUUCACACCGGAAACCUGGAGAAGCGCCUGCCAGACAUGCACAGUUCCUCCAUCAAUGCGGUGGCGUGGUCGCUAACAGGGGAGUUUGUGGUGAGUGUGGACAAGAGCCGACGCGCCGUCCUGUGGAGCGACAUCUGAGCGCCUCGGAGACUGCGUGGAUGGGGGGGGGGGGGGGGGGGGGGGGGGGGGGCGGGGGUACUGUGUUCAUUUUCACAUCACCAUGACAACGCACCUUUGGAAGGACGAGGGAAAUGAAACAAGCUCUGUCGUUCCCGUGGGGAUACAGAGACAAAUGAGUGGCAAAACCCUGCUGUCCCACUGACUCAAGCUUUGGUCCCCAAGGGCUUAGAAAGCACAUUGAUUGUGGAGGUUUGGUUGGUUGACUACAGCUUGGCUUGGGGAAACAAAACAGUCCAUUUUGAAAUUCUUUCGAACACUAUGACAAUACAGAUGGACAUUGUUUUUUAAGAGUCUGAGCAGCAAUACGUUUUGCUGUGUUUGUUUUUUUCUCGCCAGAAGUGUUCUGUGUUCAUACCAAUAGGAGCAGGUCACUCUGUGAACUUCAGUAUGCAUAAAAGGCACUGACCACUUGGACAGACGCCCUCUCUCUCCCCCCCCCCCCUCCCUCCCUCCCUCUCUCUCUCUCUCUCUCACUUUCUCUCUCUCUCUCUCUCUCUCUCUCUCUCUCUCUCUCUCUCUCUCUCUCUCUCGUUUCCCUCUGGGGUCACUGCUAAGUAGAACACUUCCUCACUUCCUGGGAAUGUGUGAUGUCAUAGUGAACAGAGGGAGGAACAGGGGGGAGUAGUUUUACAUAAAAGAAAACCAUGGAUACAAAAAAAAUACCAUAAUGCAAAAGUGGGAAAAACAAGGGCUAAACUGCUUCCCGCAGCAAUGGAUCUGUAUACAAAAUGACAUGUUGUUUGACAUAAUUUUUAGUACAUCAAAUCAAUGUGGUAUCAACCCACAGUGCAUUUGAAGUUGCAUCACUCGCGCCACUUUAUGCUCAUGGGGGGGUGGGGUGGGGAUUCACCCCUGUGAGGUUUUAAUUGUUGCCAUUUUGUGAAGAACAAAGAAGGGAAAAAUGACAAAUGACAAAAAAGGAUUACAUUGAACUGGAAAUUGGGAGCAAUUUUUAUGUCUUAAUAAAGAAUACAUGUGUUUGUGUGUC